CCAGAAAAAAGGCAAACAGCAAAGGAAAGCGGAGAAAAAACAGGAUAAACGUUGGUGGCUGGAACGGAUAAAGUUGUGCUUUGGUUUAGUUACAGCCACCGCAUCAUUAAUAUCCCUAUGGGCACUAGAUACUUUGCCAAUCCGUUUCCGGAUUAUGGUGGUGGGCCAAUACAGCGAUGCGAUGACCACAUCAAGGGAUUAAUACAGUCCUACGUUAAUUUGAUAGUUGAAAAUACCAAACCGGACCGUAACACAGACCAACGGGGUGACCUAUACGUGGGCGAUGCGGGCAUCGCUUAUAUGUUCUUAAAGCUACACGACGCGGGCAUAUUCGGACAGGAAGCGUUGCAGUACGCUAAGCAGUACAUAGUAAAUGCCAAGGCACUGGCUGCACGGUACGCCGGACGUCCGGAAGAACGUUGCUCGUUUCUGUGUGGAAAUGCGGGCGUGUAUGCGGUUUCAGCGGCCAUUGCCCACCGGCACAAUGCCAAGCAAGAGAUGGAUGAAGAUUUGCGUUGCUUUGCGACCGGCCUUGAGGUUUGCAAACGGCUAGACUUUAACAAGAAUGGCAGCGAUGAGAUACUGUUCGGGAGAGCCGGCUAUCUGUCGGGAGUCUACUGGCUGCACCAAACCAUCGAACGUAAGCUCUUUUCCCAGGAAAUUCUCACCGUCAUCUGUGCCGCCGUACUCGAGAGUGGCAAACGCCACCGGAACAGUCUUCUACCUCUCUAUUAUCAGUGCUACGGGGACGAUUACCUCGGAGCCGCCCACGGUACCUCGGCCAUAAUGCACAUGCUGCUGGAGUCACCGUUGCAACUGAACCUGAGCAGUGUGGAAAUGUCGCUAGUAAAGAACACGGUUGACGGAUUGCUUAGGCUGCAGGACAUUGAAGGCAACUUUCCGACCACGCUACAGGAUUGUGUGAGGCGCACACGCAGCGAAACGCUCGUGCACUGGUGCCACGGUGCGGCAGGCGUAGUUUAUCUGUUGGCCAAAGCAUAUCUGGUGUUUCAAGAGCAGCGCUAUUUGCAAUCUUGCAUCCGCAGCGCGGAUCUAGUUUGGCGAAAGGGAUUGCUGCGAAAGGGUCCCGGCAUCUGCCAUGGAGUGGCAGGCAGUGGUUACGUCUUCCUGCUGCUCUAUCGGCUCACAUCGGAUCCGAAAUAUCUACAUCGAGCGUUGAAGUUUAUGGAGUUUCUAACGCACGAGGAAUUCAUCCGCAACGCACGGAAUCCGGACUGCCCGUUCAGCUUGUACGAGGGUUACGCCGGGACGGUGUGCUUUCUGAUCGAUCUGCUGCGCCCGGAAAAGGCCGCCUUUCCGUUUAUGGAUGUGUUUGAAAAGAAAUUCUAAAUUUUUGAAUAUGUAGGACUAAUUCCCGGACAGCAGACGCGCUCCUUUGGAGCGCAUAUAGCUCGGUGGGGCCGUGUUAACGAUCACUAGAGUCGUCUUCCUGCGAGGAGGUGCACGUGGUGACGACAAUUUCACAUUCGUCGGUACAUCGAAAGGAGCAUUGUAGGCAUCAAAAGGAAGCGAUAAUGUACACGUGCUCGCAACGAGCCAGUAGAAUAUGUAGCAGCAUAUAGAAUUCAUCAUAGCACAAAACCAAACAUGUUGGAUCUAAAAUCACGGUAGACCACCCUGUCUAGGAUAUCAUCUAAUGUGCUAACGAAACGUUUCUGAUUUUUCUGAACUGAGUGUUUAUCUUACGGAGGGAACCAUACCUUGAACAUUGACGAAAGCGGAUAGAAAUCAAUCAGCAAGACUAUAUAAAAUACAUCUUCUCUAAAUGGCCACCGUGUGGUUCGCUAUCGCUUAUCGGGCGGAAGCAAAGAAAAAAAGACAAACUGCCAUUUAGUAGCACUAGAGCAAGCAACAGAAAGCGUAGACGGAAAGGAAACCCCGGAAAAGUAUUUUGCAAAUGACGGAACAAAAAACCAACUCGUAGCCAAACCAGUAAAUACUAUUGUACUUUGUGCACCGUGGCACGUUGCAGUUGUGAUUCGUAAGUAAUUUAUCUUAUCCUAGUCUGUAAAAAAGAAACGAAAAGCCCAUGAAACCGUACUGCUUCUCAACGACAACAGAAGGUGCCCACAGGUUGGCUACCUGCAGGAUGUGGUAUCUUCCCGGGUGAAGGUCAAUCAUCAGAUAUCUGAAAGAUCGUUACUUAAAAACGAUACACUUAGCGCUGCCACUGCUGUGUGUAUGUGUGUCUGUGUGUCCCUUGUGCGUAGUCGAGUAGGUUUCUACCAUGCGCCUAGGCGAGUAGGUCUUUAGGUCAGCAUAUUAGAGAGCACAUCAUUAGCUAGCCGAGCGUAACGUUGUCUUGUGUGCGGUUGAUGGAGAAUGAAUCUAAAUCAUGGCUGUUUGUCCUGUUUGCUGUAAGUUUAAGUAAUUGAAUUAAAAAUUGACGAUUGCUGAAAUAUAUCGU